UCCUCCGACCCCCAUGCUCUCAGGACGCAUGCCUGGAGGCGCCCAUGGGAUCCUCUCGCUGAUGACCGUGGUCUUCGUCCUCCCCGAGGUGUCCGGACUCCAGUGUUAUGGCUGCAACAUCAUCGUUGGCACCAAAAAUGUGGACAUGGGGUGCUCCAACCCAGAGGUGAUCACCUGCUCCCACUCCCACCAGGGCUUCAAACACCGGUUCUGCAUUAAGACAGAGAGCGUGGUCCUGGGCAUCCUGCUGACCAGCGGCUGUGCCACCUCCCGUCACUGCCAGCAGCAGGAGCUGCCGGGGGUCCGCAUCCACUGCUGCGACACAGACCUCUGCAACGGCUCCCCCCGUGCCCCCCGGCCGCCCCCCGGCCUCGCUGGCACCUGCCUCCUGCUGCCCUGCGUCCUCGCUGCCCUGCUCCUCUCCUGAGCCCCCCAGGGCCGGGGGGCGGGGGGGGGCACAUGGGACCCUCGGCAGGGAGGCUGGGAGCAGGGAUGUCCCCAUCCCUGCUCUCACAGACAUUCUCCCAACCCAAGAGGCCAAACGGGAGCUUUAACAGAAAAAAAUC